AUGAGUAACGCCAAUAAAAUUUUGACAUUUUGCGGCCACCUAUCCAAGAAGUUAGUCUACGUCUUUAACUACGUCUAUCUCAUCUUGGGCUUGUGUCUAACAACAGUCGGUUCCCUAAUGGGGUACAAACACGAAGAAUUCUUCCGAAUCAUGGGCAGAAACGUCAACUACAUCAGCAUCUACGUCAUCGUCAUCGCCGUCAUUCUUAUCAGUCUGGCUUUUUUCGGAUGCUACGGAUCUCUUAGUGAGAAGCUAUGGAUGAUUUACGUGUUGCAUGGUUUCGCGAAUGUUCGUUUACCUUUCAAACAGUUUACUGGUUUGCAGUUGGAGGUGACAUUAUUGCGAGCAAUGAAGCAAUCGAUGAGCAGAUACGACGUCCAGCAACGAAAUCAUGACGUCAGAGCAGCAUGGGACUACCUACAGAGAAGCGUCUGCAAUCAUUUGUUUUACCAAGAAAAUAAAACGAACAAUUUGUUGGAUAAAUUGCCUGAUUUUUGUAGUAUUAAUAUGGAUAAAAUUCCUAACAUGGAAAAAUGGUUGAAACUAAAUUUUGAAUAUAUAAAAAAUGAAAUAAAACAACUGUUAUCUAGUCAGCAAACUCAGAUUAAUAAAAUGUUACUGUCGUUUCAUCUUGAUAUUGAAAAUUUGAAAACUAAGUUCAAUAAUCUUGAAAAUGUUGAUAAAGUAAAUGACAGCAAUAACCGGGAGCUAUUACCGGCAUAUCGUCAACAAUCUAACGACAAUUUAAAGGAUAUAAAUGACACAAGUGUUUUUAGUAAUAGUGUAGAAACGAUUUCUACACCAUGGACAAAUGUUGGUGUGCUAGCUGCUGCAAAAACAAGCUGUGAUUUACAAUCUGACGACAACGCCAGUGACGACCGAUUUACACUAGUUCAGAAAAUUAAGAAAAGGUCUAAAUCAAGAGCAUUACCGACACCUGCAAAACCUGUCCAACUUGCUGUAAAAAACGACAAGGACUCACUAGCAAAACCUACCAAGUCUGAAGCUUCUGUAACAACAAACCAACUCAAUAUAGCAAAACCUACUAAGAUUGUGGGAUCAAUGACAACCAAUCCACUCUUCACGGCAUCUAAAUCUAUCAUUAGAAAAAAAAUCUUCUACAUUGGUAAUGUGAACUUGCCUGAUAGUAGCGUUAUAAUUAAACAUUGUGAAAGUAGGGGAAUAAAGUUGAUCUCAUGUAAUCCAACUACCAAACCUCUUGGACCUGAUGAAGUUCAAAUAAAUCAUACUUCGUUUAGGUUAUGUGUUCCAGCCGAUGAAUACAACAAAGUCAUGUCCACGUCAAACUGGCCCAGUUCAGUUAUCAUACGAGAAUGGAUAUUUAACAGAAACAACACCAAGUCUGAUAACGUUUUAUCCAGUGCUUCAACAGUUUCAACAAAAAAUGAUACAAACCUCCCCGAGAGCUCCGCAAACAACAACAUUGCCAAUCCAGAAAGCUGA